AUCCUAAUGGAUCUGAGAAACUUCCUCAAUCAUAUUCAGGUGACGAAACUUCCGGUGCCUCCGCCUCCCCCACUCUCUCUCUCAAAUACGAGCUUCCCGUUGCCGUUAUCCAGCAGUUGAGUUGCGCAAUCAGUGCUCCGCAGCCAUGGGACAAGCUCUGGAGAAAUUUCAAGGUAAGGAAUGGAGGCGUAAACAAAUGAGAAAGAUCAUAAACAAUGCUUUUGAUCGUGUAAAGAAUGACACGGGAAGAGCUAAUUUGACAUUUGAAGAUCUGUACAUUUCUGUACUACUUGUGUACAAUGAAAUCAAUAAGCGAUUGCCUGGUCCUCAUUUUGAUCCCCCCACCAAGGAGCAAGUUAGAGCCAUGAUGCAGGAUUAUGAUCUGAACCUUGAUGGAGAACUUGAUCGUGAAGAAUUUGCAAAAUUUAUUCAACAAUUGACGGCAGAUACAGUCAUCGCAGUUAGUCAGGGACUGAUCAUAACAUUGGCCGUAGCUCCAGUGGUAGCAUUGAUGACAAAGAAGACAACAGAGGGUAUCCCGGGCGUGGGCAAGGUGGUGCAGAGGUUACCAAAUUCAGUUUAUGCAUCGCUUGUGACCCUUGCAGUUGUGACCUUCCAAGCUGAGCAUGGAAUCGAAUGAACCCUUGGGUGCCAUGAAUUGCUGCACGUCGUGUAUAAGCAGUGACUGUGUGCAUGCUAUAAUAAUCGAAGCCCUGCAAACUUAUCAGCUACAAAUAGUGAACGAAUGUAUUAAGUUAUUUGUGAUGUUCAAACCAGCCAGGCGAUUGAAUAAGCCUUUUUCAAGCACACGAAUUAAUGGCUCCAGAUUUGUGUAUAGGCAUCGCCAAUUGGCCGUUUAUUCGGCCAACUGAUUAUCUGCUAUACAAUCUGUGAACCGAUAUAGAAUUUGUUGGGAAUGAGAUAAGAGUUUGCUUUUAUUAUUAUUA